AAGAGCGGCAGGUCUCCAGAUCCACAGAAAAGCUUCCUUUACUAAAGAAUAAAACCCCAAGGAGAAAAUGACCUUGAGGAAAGUGAAUAUUUCCAUCCUCAUAGUGGUGCUCGUUAUAUUUCUGUUAGUUCUUCAUCACAACCUCCUAGGCCUCAGCGACUUCUUGAAACGGGAAUUGUCAGAUUCGAGCCCACUAGGACUCCAGCCUAUAGAUUUCAUCCCAGCGAUUCCCCAGAGGCUGGCAGAUGGGAGGAAUGGUAAGGAGAUUUCCGUGGUCAUCGCAGCGUCGGAUGAGAGGCUCGGCGGUGCAAUUGCAGCCAUGAACAGUAUCUACCAGAACACCAGAUCCAACGUGGUUUUCUAUAUUGUUACUCUCAAUGAUACCGUGGAUCACUUGAGGCUGUGGCUGAGUAACACUGCUCUGAAGAAUUUGAAAUACCAAAUUUUGCAUUUUGACCCACGUGUCUUGGAAGGGAAAGUGCAAGUGGACUCUGGAAAGGCAGACACCUUGAAACCGUUAACAUUUGCAAGAUUCUACUUGCCCAGUCUGGUGCCUCAUGCAGAGAAGGCCAUCUACGUGGACGACGAUAUCAUAGUGCAAGACGAUAUUCUUGAACUUUACAACACCCCACUGAAACCUGGACAUGCAGCUGCAUUUUCAGAUGAUUGUGACUCGACCACUAAUAAAUUUGCUGUUCACGGAGCUGGGAAUCAGUAUAAUUACAUUGGAUUUCUAGAUUACAAGAAAGAAACCAUCCGAAAGCUUGCCAUGAAAGCCAGCACCUGCUCUUUCAACCCAGGAGUUUUUGUUGCCAACUUGACCGAAUGGAAAUUACAGAACAUCACCAAGCAGCUGGAGAAGUGGAUGACACUAAACGUAGCAGAGGAGCUGUACAGUCGGACUCUGGCAGGCAGCAUCACGACCCCCCCGCUGCUCAUCGUGUUUUACAAGCAACAUUCCAGCAUUGAUCCCAUGUGGAACGUCCGGCAUCUUGGGUCUAGUGCUGGAAAAAGAUACUCCCCUCAGUUUGUGAAGGCUGCCAAGCUGCUCCACUGGAACGGCCACUUCAAACCGUGGGGAAGGACGGCUUCGUACGCCGAGGUCUGGGAGAGGUGGUACAUCCCUGACCCCACGGGCAAGUUCAACCUGCUUCGCAGGCACUCCAAAGCCUAUGAAGCCAAGUAGAAGCAAUUGUAGUAACUGGUGGCAGUUCUCAGGAAACCUUUGGACUCGAGCAGGUAUUAUUUUUUUUUGGCCAACUUGUAUUCUGAAGCUUGCCUUCUCGAGCACACAGAGAUGCGCUUAGGCAGCUGUAGUGCUCGUGAUCCAAAAUACGUGGUUCCAAAGAAGCCUCAUUUUGCCUGUGUGACUGAAAAUGUUUCUCCAGCAGCACUUUGGAAAGCAAAGGAACAUCUCCAGAACUUAGCACUUUUGUUAGUUUAUGUGUUCGUUCAUUUGUUCAUUGUAUGUUCUUCUGUUCCAGUCCCAAUCUUUUACAACCUCUAGGAUUUUUCUUGUCACCUCCCGAAACAAACAGUUCCUAAGAACAGGUUGCUUGCACCAUGCAAGUCUUGCACAGUAAGGUACUGUAAUUCAGAGCUGCUGUUUUUUGGUUGUUAUUAUUGUUAUUGAUGUUUCUUGCUUUCUUUUCCUGUGAAACAGUUUACUCAGCAGUACUACCUUGUGUGAGGAUUCCUCUCAUAUAUUUCUGUUUAAGUCUUUCUGAAAAAAAUGAGUCGGCUUUUGGUUAGUUUUCAAGUAUGAUUUCAGUAUGGAGUGGUUUUAAUUGCCAGCRAAUGCUAAAACACUUUGUGUAAAGCUGUGGAGAGAACUUUUUUU